AUGGCUCGAAAAUCCGCCAAACCUCGAAAACCUGUGGAGCCCGAAGCAAUAAGUCAAGGUAGUCAAUGGUUUAACACAUCACCGAGCAAAUACAAUGGGAAGACGAGCUCCUCAAUCGCCUCACCGAAAACGUCGUCGUCGGAUGUCUUACCGUUACAAGGCACUACUACGCCUUCCACCAAUACCCCGCAGCCCGAAACACCCAUUCAUUUCCCUACCCCUCUCUCUGCUCCUCCGACAAAAUUCGUGGUCUAUAAGUCCAAAGAAGCCAACGGAGACGAAUCAUCUGGCUUGAAUGCCCAUGCACGUGCCUCCGAUAUCCCUCUUGACCAGUUGUACAUCUCCUCCCAGCAAGAAUCCGAAAUCCGGGCCCUCUACGCUCACGGAACGUCCGUCGUUGACCACAUCUUCGAUAUAAGCGACAGGUUAGACCAGGCGGAGGCAAUGCGACUUCUUGAGGGCUAUGGUGUGGACGAGGCGUCGAGGGAGAACAUGGGGAAUCGCUGGAGCAUUCGGUGGAAGGGGGAGGGGCCGAAGGUGGGCGGAAAGCCUUCACAACGGGUUCUCUAUCAAUGUAAAUGCGGGUACAACGAAGAGAGUCUUGGUUCGAAAAAACGCCACACUACCUUUCCCUUCACCUCCUGUCUCGGUCACUGUGAAGUUGUAUACUCCACCAACAUCGUAUUGCGUAUACGAGGGCUCUUCAAUCACAACGAUGCUUGCCGUUCUGCAAAGAUGUCUCACCUGCCUGUAUUCCCCGUUCAUCCCGAGGUCUGGAAAGUCGCACUGCGUCAGCUACGGGAUGGAGGUGUGUGGUCCGAUAUCAGGGAGAAGAACAGACUACUGGUACGCACUGGUGGAUAUCCCGGGAUGUCCAAGGAUUGGACGUCGUCACCGUACCGCUGGCUGCUCAAGCAGGGCGAUUCACGCUCCUUGUAUCGCCAGUUUCAGCGCUUGGGCGGCGUAGACGUCGAUACCGCACCGCAUCGCAACGUCGACCACUGGCUGAACCCCUCCCAUCCCGAAUACAAUUCCACUCUCGCCGAAGCCGUAUUCCACUACUCGGCCCGGACAAAACGAAGUGAGCGCUUCGAAAUCUGCAUCGCCACCCCGGAGAUGAAGAGCGCUGCAUGGAAGUACGCACAUAACUCGCAGAUCAUUCUCGACGGUACUUUCGGUGUCUGCAAUAGCAAAAUCUUACUAUUCAUUGCCAUGGCGCUUGACGAAGAAUCGAGAGGCGUACCUAUCGCGUUCUUCCUGUUCUCUGCUCCCUCUGGUAACAAGUUCACACCGAGCGGAUACAACACCGAGAUCCUCACACGCUUACUUACCGAAUGGAGAAAGUCCAUGGGCGAACAAAACGGGAGUUCCUUCCAUGCCCUUGUCGCGAUCACAGACACCGAUACGAAGGAACGGAACGCACUGCUCAAAGUGUUUCCGGGCAUCUGGCUUAUCCUCUGCAAGUUUCAUCUCCGUCAGUGCUGGACCAAUCAUCGCAACCAUACCCUCAAGAGUAACUCACAGAUCGUCGGUGCCUCUGAAAUCAUCACACGGCUCGUACGCCUCGAGGAUGCCUUGGUGGCUUCACUGGUCCACGUAGACGCUAUACGACUCGUUACGGCAGAGAGGGAGACAUUGGAGGCCCUGAAAGCUUCGGAUCCAUCAGCGGCAACAGCAGCAGAUGCCGGGAUUUCUCACCUCAAAUAUCUCAGCGACAACUGGGUUGACGAUGAGAUGCUGUGGAAGUCAUGGUCGAACCAUGGCCGCCACGUCGCCGCGAAGAUCCUGGGAUGUACGUUCGAGUUCGUCCUACCGACCACGAAUCAUCUUGAGUCCUUCAACAACCUCCUCAAGAACAAGCACUUACACCGCUGGCAAAACAACAGUCGUCCUCUUCGACUUGAUGUCCUCGUCAAUCUCCUCGUCUUCAAGGUCUUUCCAUCUAUAUUUGAAGAGCGGAAGAUGGCCCAUCAGCUCAAAAUUGCUUGGGAAACGCGAAUACGGCAGGCAGGGGGCGGUCACUUACUUGGCGCGCGUCGUACAACUCUGGAGCGACCAACGAUUGCGCAUCUGGAGCCCGACGAACGCCGUGAUUCCGAUGCACAGGCCCUGCUGGAGAAACGUCAAGUCAGCACCCCCGUUCUUGAUCUGGAGACGAAAACCAUCACCUUCCAAUGCUAUUCGGCUGCCGCUCUAUCUGUCGACACGGAACCUGUCACAUACACGAUCAUCAUUGAGUUGACCGGCGCUGCUCGUUGCGAUUGCGAAGACUUUCGAAGGCGUGGUGGGGCCUGCAAACAUCUUCGUGCAGCACUACUUCAGCUCUCGGCAUUAAAGCAAGCAGGAAAGAACGUACCGGCAGCUCCAUCGAUCCCUAAAACCGUUGACGAAGCGCGUAUACUUGAGGCGAGCCUAUUCGCCAACGCUCUGGCAUCAUCUGGAGACCUGGCUGGUACUACAAGCCCCAUCAAGCGCGCGGUCGAGAGCGUUGACGACAUCCUGAGGGAGGGCGAGGGAAUCUACGAGGUGAAUGAUGGAGUGGCAGUAGUAGGCAAUAGCCAUUCAGAAUCUCUUGGGGGGCGGACACCAUCAGAGUACACGAGUGAAGCCGAUCCCUCUGAGUAUGCCAGCGCGGGAGACGUCGAUGCAGAGGAGAGUCGUGUCGUGGGAGACACAGAGAUGGAGGACGGUUCUGAAGAACGCGCACAGGUCGCCGUGUACAAAACUUCGGAACUUCACACGAUGCCGGAUACGGAUCAGGAAUCAGAAGCGCCCAUGCCGGCAUCCUUCGAGCUGAAGCCAGGAGACGCCAGAGCCACCGUGAACACACAGACGCUGAUCCGCACAUUCUUCGAGCUCGCAAUAACUACUCCGCGUCUGAGCGAGUUCGCAGACGAACUGGGCCACACACAUCUCGAGAAGGACAACCACAAGAUCUAUCAAAAGGCACAGCUGGCCUUGACACAUGUCAAGGCUCUUUGUGACCAGCUAGAGCGUCUCACAACCGAGUUCACAACCAUAGAAAGUCAGCCAGAGACAGAGGAUGCAGGACCGCCACAGGUGGAGGCACCGACAACGCCACAACGCCCAAGCAGGACGACGUCGGCCCCUAAACGCAAGUUGAACAAGUCGCGUGCAAGAGGCGAAAGUCCGAAUCUUAGAAACCUCGUCAUUCACUCUCCAUUCUCCAUUCUCCCUACAUCCACGCUUUUAUCGACCGUCACAUCCCUCGAGUUCACCGGGAUUCACGACAUGCUGCUCAUUGCGCUCAUAUUGAACUCGCCCAACGUCGAAAAAGUGAAGGCUGAGAUCGAUGACGAUUUUGAUGGGUGGUUGAAAGAACCAGUAUCCAUCCCACACCGCGUAGAUGCCCUCCCUUCUCUGCACUCACUCGAAAUUACCGGAAUGGGCAUUUGUCCCCUCCAGCUCUUCCAUCUCCUCGAGCGCACGCCGCAGCUACGCCAACUGCACGUAAAGUUCGACUACUUGUCCGAAACCGACCUCGAUCCCGCUCCGGUCUCCUUACCACAUCUGGAGAGCGUGAAGCUCGUCUGCGUCGUAGAAGAUGCACUGCCGCUCUUAUCUCCUCUGACGCCAUGGAGAGCAGCGCAGAAUGUGUCUCGCAUCGACCUUCAUAUUAAGCUGGACUGGACCCUCUCCAACGAGGACUGCUCUAUGCUCAAAUCUCUCUUCGAUACCAUUCCGCACGACAACGUCUUCGAGGUGAUCCAAAUCACUAUCGUUCCUCAUCACAUGCUUUGUAUAAGGGCUGGCCCAGCAUCCUCAUUGCAUGGAGACCUUGCGCGUAAUCCUCUCGCAGCAGACGACGUCUGGCUCGUCAAAUUUACUAUAGUAUACGAACCUACUCAGGGGAACAUCAGGAUCCAUAACCAGUCGAUACCGGCGCUACAUCCGAGGUAUGACAUGGUGGAGGAAUGGCGCGAGUUACUUCGUAUAUUCCCGAACGUCCAAGUCCUAGCGGUCGAUUUACCCGAUACCGAAAGGUUCUUCGAGGCGCUCCGUCCGCCACCCGGGGAGCAUCAUCUUCCCCAGUGGGACAUUGUUCCAAGCUUGAGGAAUAUCAUUUUUCUCUCCCUCAAGAACGAUGGUGCGGACGCUUGGCCUGAUGUUAACGCGCCUUCUUUAGUGGGACGAGGACGCCUAGGCCUGUUGAUUGAUGUUCUGAGAAUAAGACGUCAGUUGCCCGGCGGUUGUGUGCUGUCGAGUGUUUCUUUUGCCCUAUCCAAAAUCUGCGAACGUCCGCUUGAAGAAAAUGAGAUGAGAGCUGUGAAGGCUGAGGCGGCGUUGGUAAUGAGUUUGGAGCUCGACGAUAGCAGUGGGACAGUAGAGACUGUGGUCAAGGAGCUGUAA